AUGGCUUUUCUGGCUGGCAGGCAGCUGACGGUGGGGCAGCGAGAGCGUAGUGCGGUGUUCUCGGGGAUCUUCACAGCAGAGAUGUUGCUGAAGAUCAUCGCUCUGGAUCCAUAUUAUUACUUCCAGACGGGCUGGAACAUCUUCGACAGCAUCAUCGUCUGCCUCAGCCUGAUGGAGCUCGGCCUGUCGGACGUGGAGGGGCUCAGCGUGCUCCGCUCCUUUAGACUGCUUCGUGUUUUUAAGCUGGCCCGCUCAUGGCCGACACUCAACACCCUGAUAAAAAUCAUCGGUAACUCCAUGGGCGCUCUGGGAAACCUGACGCUCGUCCUCGCCAUCAUCGUCUUCAUCUUCGCCGUGGUCGGCAUGCAGCUGUUCGGCAAAAACUACCAGGACUGUGUGUGUAAGAUCUCGAAGGACUGCACCCUCCCUCGCUGGCACAUGAAGGACUUCUUCCACUCCUUCCUCAUCGUCUUCAGGGUGCUGUGCGGCGAGUGGAUAGAGACCAUGUGGGACUGCAUGGAGGUCGCCGGGCAGCCGCUCUGCUUACUCGUCUUCAUGCUGGUCAUGGUCAUUGGAAACCUGGUGAAAGAGUCUCAUAUAUUCACUAGUCAGUAG